AGGGGAGGUCUCUCAUGGCGGCAAGCUCUCUUGAACAAAGAAUCAUUCGUAUAUCUCACUGAAAGGGUUAACCCUUUUCACGACACCAUUUGAGUUACAAAAACAAAUUGUGCCAGAGCUUAUCAAUCAUCAGCUCGUGCCUUUUCUACAAAUGGCAUUCGCUCUACUGCACAAUUCCCCCACCACAUCACCAUUGACAUUUAUGGGUUCCUCACCCAGCAACUCUCCAAGGCUCAAGCUCCUAUUCCUCAUCCUCUUCUUCCUGUGUUUUCUUUCCCCCAAUGAUUUCUCGGCCGAUGCGUUUACGGGAACAUACGGAGUGAACUACGGCAGGAUCGCCGACAACCUACCAUCGCCCCACAGCGUCGUCACCCUCCUCAAAGCCGCCAAGAUCAAGAACGUCAGAAUCUACGACGCCGACCACCAGGUCCUCGACGCCUUCAAAGGCUCCGGCCUCGAGCUAAUCGUCGGCCUGGGAAACGAAUUCCUCAAAGACAUCAGCCUCGGCGAGGACCGCGCCAUGAACUGGAUCAAAGAAAACGUCGAGCCUUACCUCCCCGGAACCAAAAUCGUGGGAAUCGCCGUCGGAAACGAAAUCCUCGGCGGCACGGACAUCGAGCUCUGGGAAGCCUUACUCCCUUCCGUCAAAAACGUCUACGCCGCCCUCCAACGCCUCAAUCUCCACAAGAAGAUCGAGCUCUCAAGCCCUAAUUCCGAAGCCGUCUUCGCCAAUUCGUUUCCCCCUUCCGCCUGCAUAUUCCGACCCGACAUCGCGGUGUUCAUGGUUCCAUUACUCCAAUUCUUCUCCCAAAUUGGAUCCCCAUUCUACAUCAACGCGUACCCAUUCUUAGCCUACAAGAGCGAUCCAGAGCACAUCGACCUCAAUUACGCAAUUUUCCAGCCCAAUUCGGGGAUCUUCGACGCGAAGACGAAUCUCCACUACGACAACAUGUUCGACGCCCAAGUGGAUGCGGCCUACGCCGCGCUGGAGAAGGCUGGGUUCGAGAAGAUGGAGGUGAUCGUUUCGGAAACAGGGUGGGCUUCUCGCGGCGACGAGAACGAAGCUGGAGCCUCGUUGCAGAACGCCAAGACCUACAAUCGGAACUUGAAGAAGAGGCUGGCGAAGAAGAAAGGCACGCCGUACAAGCCCAAGGAACCGGUGAGGGCUUAUGUGUUUGCUCUGUUCAACGAGAAUUUGAAGCCGGGGCCGACGUCGGAGAGGAAUUUCGGGUUGUUCAAACCUGAUGGGAGCAUUUCUUAUGAUGUUGGGUUCACUGGGUUGAAGGAUUCGUCCGGUGUUAGGAUUCUUCAGGGGCUAGUUUCUAGGUGUUUAUGCUCUUUGGUUCUUGCAAUUGCGCUGCUGAAUUCUGUUUGGUAGUGCGCAUUAUCAGAAAUUGUGUUUGGUAACGAGUGAAAUGAAUGAGGUUGAUUAAAUAUUGUAGAUCAAGGCAAGGCUUCCAUAAUUAUUGUACAGUCGAUUCAGUUAAUCAUUG